AUGAAUUUGUUCGGUUGGCGCAAAAACCUCAGCAUCAGCGAGCUGGACCCUUCAUUCAAAGUGCGUUACCUUGGUAACGUGCAAACAGCCGUGAUGAAAGGUGAAGGCUGCGUUGACCGGGCAGCCAGCAUCAUCUGGAGCAACUACAUGCGCAGUGAACAUCCCAGCCUGGAGAUGAAGAUUGUUCUGACGGGGUCGGGGAUGAAAGCAUACACUAAAGAGCAGGGACUGACAGAAUACCGGGCUCAUAGAAUCUCCUACUGUAUCGCUCACCCUCGCUACCCCCGUCUCUUCGUGUGGAUCUACAGACACGAGGGCAGGAAGAUGAAGAUGGAACUAAGAUGCCACGCAGUGUUGUGUAAGAAUGAAGCUAAAGCUAAAGCUAUGGCGCUGCAGCUGCACGAGAAGUUGAGCUUCGCUCUGCGGGAGUUCCAGCGGGACAAACUCCGCAAGCAAACUUCCCGACUGACGCUCCACUCCAACAAAAUAGGCCACGGCCUUCCGUUAAGAACGCAGCUUCUCAGCACAGGCAACAACUUCAAACCGCCGGUAGCCAAAUCUCACACAGCGCCAAAACUCGGCUCCAUCACCGAAGAUGAGGAGGAAGAUGACUGGGCUGGAGACACCGACACGGAUGAUCUGCUUCUGAUGACCGUAGGGCUCAAACGUGGCAGCGUCGGGGCACGGCUGGAAGGCAACAGCAUCAGCAGCCUGCCUCCCACCCCUGUCAGUACAGGCCCGUCCACGUCUGGGCUGUUGCAUAAGGGCUUGGAGCACCAUGACAUUGUGGAGGCUUUAGAUUUGGAAGCUGCAGACGGUUUGAGUGCUGAAUUUUUCAACUCCGAGCCCAUUAUCGAUCUGGAAAUAGGAAACGAUUUGGACGAGCUGCGGCGAGACCAGAAAGUCUGA